AAGAUAAUUCAUUCCCUUUUUUUUUUUUUUUCUUUCAGUUAAAAGAAUAUGUGUUCAGUAUUCGUAAAGCAGCCAACACGCUAAUUAAUGCCAUUUCACCUGUAAGUGGAACCCACUUGAAGGAUAAACUAACCAAAUUAACAAUGCUUGUUCAGGGACAGACAAUUGAGGUUUCCAAUAAGCAUAUCUCUACAAAAGAACAACCCGAAGGAAUCACUUAUGCUAUAUUCUUUAUUGCAAAAAUGAUAGUUAAAAAAGGAGCAGAACAAGUGUCCUCCAGUCAUGAAUCUGCUUUCGCCAUUGCUCUCGUUGCUGUUGGUUUGUGGCAGAAUUUUCCUGAAUUUGGUGAACUACUAUUGGCUAACUUCUACCUCAGUUGUCCUUACAUAGUACCAUACUACAUUCCCAAACAGGACGGCCAAAGCACAGACGAGUACCAUAAAUUACGAGGUUACAAGUGUGAAAGUGGAAAAAUUGAAGAACAAGAAAGAUUUUUGAAAAGAAUGACUGGUAUCAUGCGGUUAUAUGCUGCAAUAAUAGUUUCACCACUGCCUAUUGGAAGUACUAAACCUCACCCUCACGGAAUUGAAAACAGCUGGAUUUGGAUAACAAGAACUCUGAAUGUGGAACCUGAGCCUGACAUUACAGCUGCAAUGAUCUAUAAUAUCCUCGAAGUCACUGGUCAUUCGCUGUUUCUGUAUUACCAGAAACCAUUUCAGAAAUUGCUUCACAUACUAAUAACUGAAUUCCUUCCCAAAAUCAAAGCUGUUAGUGUUUCUGCUGGAUCGGUGUCGAGACUUGAAACAUUUCUUGAGGCUAACAUAAACAACAAAGGCCAAAUAGCUGCACCAUAUGGAUAUUUAACCAGUUCCUUCUGGCUUAGCUAACAUAAAUUUUACAUUUUAGACAAUUUGUACAUAUGUCAUUAGUUUUUACUCCUCUCAAACGUUACUAUUUUUUUUAAUAAUUCUUGUCUAAUUUUAAAUAUAUGAAAUCUUUUAUUAUUUAUUUAUAAUUUUUUUAUUUGUUUCAAAUAAAACGUCUUUGUUUUAGUCAUUAUGAAGCACAGGUUUAAUGUUCAAAGGUGCUUUGUAAGUUCAGUUUACCAGUAACAUAAUUUCAGAAAUUGUUUAAUUUCAGUUUUUAAAUGAAGUGAUUCAUGCAUCUAACUGAAAACAGGUGCUCUUACAAUUUGUAAAUAUAUAAAUUUAAAUUAUAUAAAUAAAUAUACAUAUUUCUUAUUACAU